AUGACUACCCGCAAGAGAAAGCAAGAGGCCGAGGAGGAGCUCCAGGCCCUUCCUAGCGAUGUGAGCGAAGAGGAGGAAGAAUAUGAAGACUCCGAGCCCGAUGUAGAGGAACUAAGCGAUGAGGGCGAACAGGAGGAGGUGGAGGGAGAGUCGGAGUCUGAGGAAGACGAGGAAGAAGAAGAAGCAGCACAGCCCAAAGAAGAAGUCAAAGACGAAGGCGCCCCGGCAGCCAAGAAGCGGAAGACAGCGCCCGUUGUUGUCGACGAUGACGAGGGUGUCGUGGCCGGGAACGGCGCAAAGGGCGAAAAGGACGAGGAUGAGCCUGCCGAGGAAGAAGGCGAAGAAGAAGGCGAAGAAGAAGGCGAAGAAGAAGGCGAAGAAGAAGGCGAGGAAGAGAGUGCCACUGAUACCGCCAAAGAGAGUGGUCCUGCUGCCGCUGCAGCUCAGGCUAAGGGUGGUGUUGUUCCUAAGGAGUCAGAUCUGCCUGAGAUUGAAGCGGCUGAGGAAGAAAAGUGA